UCAAGUGCAUAUUUCCUGUUAUCGUCUGAGCAAGAUAGUUCACUAUUGCUAUUAUAUGUCAUUAUUAGUAUUAUCACCAAAGCUGAGAUAAACAACACCAAAGUUUAAUGUUUUCUUACUCACGUGACGUGAGUAAUAUUAGCCUACUGUGUUAAUAUUAAUUAAGAAACUAGUAUCCGCAAUCCUGGUGAAUCCCCUGAUUCAUUUUAACAUCUCUUAUCUGGAUUCAUUUAACGGAAGUUGGCUUUGACGAAAAGACUAUUAUUUUGUACCUUGCUAUGUCGGGUAAUGAUACCAACUCUACGACUACGGCCUCAUCAUCGCCUGGAGUUUCGAAAGACCCAUUCGUGUUUGUAUACUCUACAUAUAUACCUUUGAUAUGUUUAAUUUGCUUUGAAAAUGCAGUUGUGAUAUUAGCAAUAUUUAUAUAUGACACGCGGCGUAAAGGUAGGAUUGUUCUUGUCGGUAGUCUGGCGUUUGUAGACUUUGUAACAGGGGCAAUAUCUGUGCCAUUUGCAAUGAGAGGGUUUUUAUCAAGACAAUCUAUGACAGAUAUCAGCUCAGAAGAAUGUCAAAUAAUGUACGGUCCACUCAUGAUCACUGGUUUAGCAUCCUUUUUGCAUAUAUUUGUUUUAACAAUUGACUGUUUUACUGCAGUUAUUCUACCAUUUAAAUAUCGAACUGGCAUGUCGAGUACGAAAAUUUACUUGGCGAUUCUUGGAAUAUGGGCGAUAUCGAUUUUGUUCGGGAUGAUUCCGUACUGCUGGAAGUUAGAGAAGGAAGAUUUCCACGACUGCUAUCAACUGAACUCUGUAGGAUUGACUAUUCAAAUGCUAAUUAGCGGAAACAUUUGUUUCGUUAUCUUUAUUGUAAUAACUAUUUUGUAUAUAAGAAUUGCGAAAGAAGCACUUACACAUAGGCCUAGAAGAAAUAUCAAUCAAACGAUCCCACGUCAGCCUAAAAAGUAUGAAGAUUUCAAGGCUGUGAGAACGACGUCAUUGAUACUUGGUGCGUUUCUUUUUUGCUGGACACCGGUGAUUUUGAAGUUCAUUCUUCUUGGUUUUGACGUUAUUGAUAUUGACGAGCAGGCAUGGUUUACAUGGUUCGGUGAAGUGCUAGUUAUAUCGAACUCGGCGCUAAAUCCAAUCAUAUAUUGUUACAGCAGUAAAGAUGUAUAUAAACGCUGUAAAUCGUUGCUAAAGUUCACCUCUAACAUAAACAGAUCUGCAGGAACAAGCCGAUCAUGGGACACACCACUUUAAUUCCAUGAAAUAUCUGUUGAAUAUAAAAGAACACUAUGGACAGCAAAAUGCAUCGUAAUAUAGAAUUUAGAUGAUAUUUAAGAUAUACAAGUUAACGGUAUAAUACGUGUACAUUCUUUUCUCGAUUUACAGGGUAGUUUAUUUAUAUUUUCUUAAUACAGGCCUACCUGAAUAACUUGAUUUCAGAAGUUAUUUCAAUAGUGGCGCCAGGGUUUGCCCGACAGGGAUCUGAUGUCACCGACAGGGGUAACAAUAUCCCGGCCGAUUUUCCCCAACCAUACCAUAAAUGGACGGGACCAGGGCGUAAUUCCACGGAAACUCCAACUCAGUCUCCGAAGGCUUAUAUUCACUAAGCUGGUUUAUCUUCGGUGACUUGAAUUUUACAUUUUUACUUAUGCUUGGUAGUAUUGAUGUAUUUAUUGAUACUAGAAGCAACAAGUUCAAAUAUACAGUAUGUGCAACUUUUUAAGAAUACAGAAUGUAAUUCAUAGGUUUACUUAAUUUCGCUAACAAGAAGUGCAAUCAUUAACGAUAGUGUACAUUAUCCGGACCUCUACACUACACGUUAAUUUUAUCUCAUCCUUUUCGAAAUUCAAGAUUCAGUAUAGAUUUAUUUCAAAAUACAGUAAAUGGUUGGCUUGAAAUAUACAAUUCAUGUAAAAAAAAGACAUUAAUAGUAAAACAGUACCGUAAAAAUCAUUGAAGUGCUACAUUCUAUAUAAUAGUUGAAAACAGUAAUGAUUGUCUUGAAAUAUAUUCAUUUAAAAAAAGAAGAUGCAUAAAAAUAUCAAUAGUAAAACAAUAAAAUCAUUGAAGUGUUACAUUCUAUAAAGUAGUUGAAAACAGUAAUGGUUGUCUUGAAAUAUAUUCAUUUAAAAAAGAGGAUGCAUAAAAAUAUCAAUAGUAAAACAGUAAAAUCAUUGAAGUGUUACAUUCCAUAAAGUAGUUGAAAAAAAAACAUGUAAAAUGUAUCAAUUACAAAAGAAAUCAUCACCAUCAUAACAAUCGACGCAGCUCGACGCAAUGUGUUAACGCGUCGGAUCUGUGCGCGUUAUGCAUGGUUAAACGUAUAUCGCUGUUUCAUUGACUUGAGGCGUCCAUCAUUCUGAGGUUGUAUGCCUCAAACCUGAUUGAUUAAUUUGACAUAUAAUAACUUUAUUGUUAUUUAUCUCAAGUUGUAUAUCUAAAUAUUCAUAUCGAUUUUGUUUGCAAUGUUGUUAAGGUGCUGGAUUUAAUGCAAUUUUAAGGGUGAAUUUUGUAUGUUACGUAUUGUACAAUAUUGGCAUGUACAGUAAUUGUUUUUAAAAGUUUGUCCACUUUUAUUGUCUUGUAUUCAAGUUUGUGAAUAUUUAUUCGUGCUUGUGCCACUGAUUCAGAAAUAUAGUUUUGAAUAAAGAUGAUUACAGUGUUACACUU